GUUUGUUGUGACAGUUCGCCUGACAGCUGUCGCGAGCCGUGUGCGCGUGCAUUCUGGUGGUGUGUGAGUGUGCCUUGGCGAUUUCGGAGAGCGGACGGAAAAUUCAGGCCGAAGAAAACGGCCGGACUGGUUUUUGGCUGGUGCAAAAAAGGCGACAGGACUUCCGGGUGCUUUUCACACUUACCUUCCCACCCCUCCACAGGAAGCAGUGUCCUCGCCUAGCCGCGCGCGCUCUCGUGUUCGUGUGUGCGUGCGUGUGUGUGUGUACAGUGCAUGGAAAUUACAGAGACCGUGAAGAAGGAAGAAGUUUCGUCCAAUCGUGCCCUCGCGCCGUGUGGAAGCAGCGUGUGACUUUCGACCGAAACGUGCGUGUGUAGAACCAGGAAACCGCCAGUGUUGUCUGCCUAAGCAGCGGGUUGUGAAAUAUGGCACUGGAAACGGAAAGUGUUCAAUCGUCCGGAGCCGCAACGGAGGCGCUGUCCACUGCUGGUUCCGGGGAGGCGGGCGGCAAAAAGAAAGGUAUGGCGAAGAACAAAAAACAGAAUGGAAAAGCAAAAACUCCCCCGAUGGUGGCAGCGGCGGCCGGUGAGCAGAAGGAAACGAUCGGCAACGGACACGCGGAACAGAACGGGCUGAACGGACACGCGAGCUCGGAAGAGUCGGACCCGGCAGCUGCUGGCCCGAACGAGUCCGCGGACGAUAAAAGCGCUGGCGUUGCCGGUGGCGGAGAGACCGAGCAGCAGCAGCAGCAGGAGGACGACGUGAUGAGACUGAUGCAGGAGACCGGCUUUACGGUGCAGGUGCUGUCGCCGGGCGUGGAGCCGCUCUCGAUACAGGUGUCGAGCAUGGAGCUGGUGCAGGAGAUCCACCAGCUGCUGAUGGACCGGGAGGACACGUGCCACCGGACGUGCUUCUCGCUGCAGCUCGACGGCCGCACGCUGGACAACUUUGCCGAGCUGAAGAACAUCGACGGGCUGCAGGAGGGUUCCGUCAUCCGGGUGGUCGAGGAGCCGUACACAAUGCGCGAGGCGCGCAUUCACGUGCGCCACGUGCGCGAUCUGCUGAAAUCGCUCGAUCCGGCCGACGCGUACAACGGCGUCGACUGCAGCUCGCUCACCUUCCUGCACACCAUCACGAUGGGCGACAUUAUGGAGAAGAAAAAGACGCGCCAGGAGUCGGUCGACUGUACGCCGCCCGACUUUAUCAUGCCGGGGGCGCGGGAGCGUCCGCUGCUACCGCUGCAGCCGGGCACGGGCAAGAAGGGCACCCCGCAACCGCUCAAGGUGCUGACGACCUCGGCGUGGAACCCGCCGCCCGGGCCGCGCAAGCUGCACGGCGACCUGAUGUACCUGUACGUGGUGACGAUGGAGGACAAGCGGCUGCACAUUAGCGCCUGCUCGCGCGGCUUCUACGUCAACCAGUCGACGGACGACGCGUUCAACCCGCAGCCGGCCAACCCGAGCUACCUCUCGCACUCGCUGAUCGAUCUGCUGUCGCAGAUUUCCGCCACCUUCCGGCGCUGCUUCGCGCAGAUGCAGAAGAAGCGCACCCAGCGGCAUCCGUUCGAGCGCGUCGCCACGCCGUACCAGGUGUACACGUGGACGGCGCCCGCGCUCGAGCACACGAUCGACGCGAUCCGGGCGGAGGACACGUUCUCGUCCAAGCUCGGCUACGAGGAGCACAUCCCCGGGCAGACGCGCGACUGGAACGAGGAGCUGCAAACGACGCGCGAGCUGCCGCGGGCGACGCUGCCCGAGCGGUUGCUGCGCGAGCGGGCCAUCUUCAAGGUGCACAGCGAUUUCGUGACGGCGGCGACGCGGGGCGCGAUGGCCGUCAUCGACGGGAACGUGAUGCCGAUCAAUCCGGGCGAGGACGCGAAGACGCAGAUGUUCAUCUGGAACAACAUCUUCUUCUCGCUCGGGUUCGACGUGCGGGACCACUACAAGGAGCUGGGCGGCGAUGCGGCCGCGUUUGUGGCGCCGCGCAACGAUCUGCACGGCGUGCGCGUGUACAGCGCGGUGGACGUGGAGGGGCUGUACACGCUCGGCACGGUGGUGAUCGAUUACCGCGGGUAUCGCGUGACGGCCCAAUCGAUCAUACCGGGCAUUUUGGAGCGCGAGCAGGACCAGUCGGUCGUGUACGGGUCGAUCGAUUUCGGCAAAACCGUGCUGUCCCACCCGAAGUACCUGGAGCUGCUGAAUGCGGCCGGCAAGCACCUGAAGAUACUGCCGCACAGCGUGUACAACGACAAGGAGGAGGCGAUCGAGCUGUGCUCGUCGGUGGAGUGCAAGGGCAUCAUCGGCAACGACGGGCGGCACUACAUUCUCGAUCUGCUGCGCACGUUCCCACCGGACGUGAACUUCCUGGCGCUGCCGGCGGAGGAGGAAGCGGUCGGCAAGGAGAGCCGGGCGAUGGGCUUCCCGAUCGAGCACCGGCACAAGCUGUGCUGUCUGCGGCAGGAGCUGUUGGAAGCGUUCGUGGAGAAUCGGUAUCUGAUGUUCAUGAAGCAUGCGGCCGUCCAGCUGCAGCAGUGCGUUAAAAUGAAGCAGGAGCAAAAGGCGGCUGCCGCCCAGAAAACGGAGGACGGUGGCAAACAGGCCGCCAUCGAAGCAGCCGCCCCGGCAGAGGGUGAUAAGGCGCCAGCAAAGGAUGCAAAGGACGGCAAGGAGGCAGGCAAGGAUGCGAAGGAUGGUAAGGAGGAGGCAUCGACAAAGGAAGCGGCGGCGGCUGCCGCACGCUCAGUACCGAAGCCAGACAGCGAGGAUGCGAAGAAGCUGGUUGAGUCGCUGAUCUCUAGCGACCAGAAGAACGAAAGCAUGGAGGUGGUGAAGCGAGCGUGCGAAGCGGUCGGCUCGCUCAAGGAGUACGAGUUCAACAUCCGCUUCAAUCCGGACGUGUACUCGCCGGGCAUACGGCACGUGGACGAGGAGCCGAACGCGGCCGGCUCGCUGCGCCGCCAGAAGCAGCUGGUAAAGGAUGCGGCCGAGUUUCUGGUGAAGCACCAGAUACCGAGCUUCGUGCACGAGUGUCUCGACCACACGUCCGCCCCGAUGGACGGCGUCACGCUGACCGAGCUGCUGCACAACCGCGGCAUUAACGUGCGCUACCUCGGCAAAGUGGUGGACCAGCUGGCCAAGAUCAAGCAGCUCGAGUACCUGCACACGAUCGCCGUGUCCGAGCUGAUCGUGCGGGCGGCGAAGCACCUGUUCACCGCGUACCUGCAGCAGACGGACGUGAUGAGCAUGGCGGCCGCCAUCAGCCACUUUUUGAACUGCUUCCUGACGGUGUCGACCGGUGGCUACCAGCCGGUGGCGAACGGUACCGGUGCCGACGGGGACGGCCAGCUGGCGGACGAGUUUGGACCGAAGGCCGGUGGCAAAAAGCAAAACAAACAGAGCAAGCGGGGAGGAGGAGGUGGUGGAAAGGGUGCCGCGGGUGGUGGCCGUAAGGCCACCUUUUCCGUGCCCUCGUCCGACAACUGCGAAUGGACGGCGCUGACGUCCAAGGCGCUGUGGGCGCAGAUCCGCCAGGAGCUGAAGGCGUACUGGGACUUUGAGCUGACGGUAGAGCAGCCGGCAAAGGAGGGCAAGGAAAGCAAGGCAGCGGUGAUCGACUCGAUCGAGCCGCUGAUCGGUGCGUUCAAGCUGCAGAAAAUCUCGCUGCUGCGUUCGUUCUGCCUGAAGACGGGCGUGCAGAUUCUGCUGCAGGAGUACGCGUUCGAGCAGCGCAACCGGCCCGCGUUCACCGAUGCGGACAUCGUGAACGUGUUCCCGGUGGUGAAGCACAUCAAUCCGCGCGCCUCCGACGCGUACAACUUCUACACGACCGGCCAGACGAAGAUCCAGCAGGGCUACCUGCAGGACGGGUACGGGCUGAUCAGCGAAGCGCUCAACCUGCUGAACAACGUGUACGGCGCGAUGCAUCCGGAGAAUGCCCAGUGCCUGCGCAUGCUGGCCCGGCUCAGCUACAUUAUGGGCGAUCCGCAGGAAGCGCUCGCGAUCCAGCAGCGUGCCGUGCUGAUGAGCGAGCGCGUGAACGGGGUCGACCAUCCGUACACGAUUUCGGAAUAUGGACACCUUGCAUUGUACUGCUUUGCCAACAGUCAAAUCACCACCGCACUUAAGCUGCUGUACCGUGCCCGGUAUCUGGCGACCAUCGUGUGCGGCGAGAACCAUCCCGACAUUGCGCUGAUGGAUAGCAACAUCAGCUUGAUCCUACACGCGGUCGGCGAGUACGAACUGUCGCUGCGCUUCCUGGAGCACGCACUCGCCCUCAACAUUCGGUACUACGGCGAAAAGUCGCUCAAGGUGGCAGUUAGCUACCAUCUAGUGGCGCGAACGCAAAGCUGCAUGGGCGACUUCCGAUCCGCGCUGGUCAACGAAAAGGAAACGUAUGCCAUCUACAAACAGCAGCUCGGUGAAAAUCAUGAAAAGACGCAGGAAUCCUCCGAAUGCCUUCGCCAUCUGACGCAGCAGGCGGUCGUGCUGCAGAAGAAGAUGAACUACGCCAACGGCAAGCUGCUGAGCACCGGGUUGCCCCCGAUUCACAUUCAGCCACCCUCGAUGGGCUCGGUGCUGGACAUGCUGAAUGCAAUCAAUGGCAUCAUUUUUGUACAAAUUAGUUCCAAAGAGAUUGCCAACUUCAAGAACGAAAUCGAAAAGCGCCAGAAGGAGGCGGGCGCCCAGUCGCAACAGCCCGGCGGUGGUCCGGUGCAAGCCAACCAGGAGGAAGUCGACCAGAUGCUGAUGGAAACGAUGCAAAAGACGGCCGCCGGCAUUCCGUUCGAGGAGCAGGAUGGCGAGAAGAAGGACGGUGCGGCGGUAGAGAAGCAGCCCGCCGAGGUGACGUCGAGUUGAAGCCGAUGCACCACGAUGAUGCGGUAACGGUCGCCGCUGCUGCAGCUGCGGUUUGCCUUGGGUCGCCAAAAAUGAUUGGACAGCUGUGAAGGACGCCCGCGGCCGCGCAGAACACACACAUACACAGUGGAAAGCCAGUUCACUAAUGGAGAAGAAUUUGUGGUAGAAUAGUUUUCGAUUUGGAUACGUUUUACUGUCUUUGUUUUGGCGCCGCGCGGUAACAAUACGAGUGCUAAUACAAUACGAGUUUUGGCCCCGCGCGGUGUUUAGUGCUAAGCAGCGUGUACGCUGUGCCUUUUCUUUUUCUUCUUCAAUAGUAAUAAUACUACUUCUACCUUCGAAUAGGGAAAGCACCGCACUAGCAAACCAUACCAUCCAUCCCGCCCUCCUCCUUCAAAUCCAUUUCUCCAUUCUCUCGUCUGUUGUAGUUUGUAGGCCAAUUUAGUGUAGUAGUUUGUUUGUUUUUUUUUUUUGCUCGGCAUAUUAGUAGUUGCGUCGAGAGUUUUGACCGUUGCCCGAGUACUAAAUCACUUCCACCAGGUGGUUAUUAUUGAAAGGUGGGGGCAUGUGUUCUGCUCUUUUGCGGUCGAUUGUAGGUUUAAAGCGUUGAGUUUCAACAGCCGUGUCUUUGUUUAAGUUUGUUUUUUCUUCUUUCCCCUACGCUUAAAUAUCUAUGUAAUCAUGCCUUUUGCGUUGUGUAGAGAGAGAGAGAGAGAGGAGAGACAGAGCGAGGCAGUUGACGCUUAUUACCGUCACAAAGAUCGUAGGGGGUAUACCUUACCCGAAAUAACCGAGCAGGAGAAGGAAGAGCCCUCAAUAGUGAAGAAACAGGGUGGGUAAGGCGUUAAACUUGCCAAGAAACAAAUCCAUGCAUUAGUUCAAUCAUUGCGCAAAGCCAAACAUACUACACUACAACACCCCGUGAGUUCCUUUUAACGCUUGCGCGAGAGUGAGAAAAGAGAUGCAUUAAAGCAAAGUAAGUGCAAUAUGAAAAGAAAAAAAUGGGAAAAUCGUACAGAGUGCACGCAAACGGUAAACCCCGCCAUCAGAAAAAUAAAUAGUCAAUAAGCGAGCGCAGCAAGCCUAGAACACGUGGUCGCUUGCGACACAGCACACGCGCACGCAAGCGCAAAACGAUGUGUUCCGCUCUAGUCAGCGUCCACUAUACGACCAAAAGAAUCAAACAAAAAGUUAGUUCAAAAUUAAUUUGACGCCUUCUAAUACAAAGGCACGAGGCACACCAGUGCAUAUCUACAUUCUUUUUGGUGCCCUUUUUUUUUGAAGCUUUUUAGGCCUAAUAUUUGAGGCAAAAUGAUGGUGCCCUCUCUUCGUUUUAGUACGCACAAGCUAGGUAAGGAAAGCGAUUUUCUUUGCGCAAACAAACCCAUACCCAUACAAGCUUCUCCUACUAAUCUAUUUGCUAUUGGAUGCUUUUGGAUUACGUUACGGUUAGAGCAUAGAAGAGUGGCAGAUGAUGAAAAAACACCUCAAAACACAAACAUCACCUUAACCAGUAGGAGUUUGAACGCGAAUCACAUUGAAAUAAAUGCAUCAAUCAAACGGGGGCGCGCACUUACCCUUAACCACCUCACGACUCUGCAAGAAAGCAUCGAGACCGCAGAGUGUAGAAGAUAAUCUUGAUCUGUGGCGAUGUUUCGGCGGAAUUAGAAGGAUACUCUAGCAUUAAGCAGCACUUGCACCCCAGCACGCACUAUCCUAUUUAGCUAGGCUGUCGUUGCGCAGCCCGGGAGUUUAGUGUGUCGAGAAUCGAAGAUAAUCGAAAGGGGAAGGAAUUCACUAUUGGAAUUGAAGAACAUGCCUCCUUGCUCAGUUGCAGGGUACAGUCGUCAACUCGCACGGCUUAACAACAGGCCCGUGUCCAGGGCCCAAUCCGUCAUACAGGACCGUCUCCCCGUAGCAAGGACUGACUUAGCCGGCUGCGUGGUACUCAAUAAGUCCCGGAAGCCUGUAUAAGCUGGCAUGAUCGCGUAGAUCGGACAAAAAAGACAAUAGACGCGCCAACCCGUGAAGCAAGCAUAACUACGUCGUGGAACAAUCUCUCCUCACAACAUACCGUUGCGCAGUGUAUGGCUAACACUGCGAACGACACACGCUGCCAAACGAAGUGAAGUAAAGUAGGAAAGACCAUUACAAAUAUUGUUGGUGUGUAGCUUAGGUAACAGUCGGAUUGAUGAACCAAUGCUUCGUUUCACAGAUCCGGAAUAAUAUGCCUCGAAUCGAUGCGCGUACCAUUCAAACGGACACAUACGGACACACUUACCGGCAAAAGAGGAGUCACGGUUUAGGGGAGAACAAAAAAAAAACAGGAACGGUUAGAGAAUAUCGAACGGGCGCGAGACAGUGGUGCUCCUUUUACUUUUACUAAACCGGAAGCCGCAGGAGGGUUUAACGCAUAUUGAACGGCGAAAGGGAAGAUCGAACAAACAGAAACAGAAAUAAACUUAUCAAAGUAGAGUUCCAGAAA